AGGUGAGUUUUAAAAAAAAGAGAAAAGGAAAAAGGAAGUUUAGUCCUCUUGCAUGGACGUGAGGGAGGGGGACUAACCGGGGGACUAACCGGAGCUUUGGGCUUCAGUCUCGCCAUGCCGUCUCCUAACGCGCGCAGGAACAGCGGUGUAGCGGUGGCAGGUAACGGAAGGCUCGAGCUACCUGCCUCCUCUUCCUCCUCUUCCUCCUCACCCUUCUCUCCUGCCCGGUCCCGCGUGCUGGACUCUGUGUCACGCCGACGGGCCUCCAGCAUCACGUGCGCUGCGUCUGCGCCGCCACCGGCGCUCGCGUUACCCGCGCGCCCGAGUCAGUCUCUCCCCGCCGUGGCGCUGCGCUCCCUGCUGGCUGUGGACGUGUGGCUCUCCCGGAGGAUGGCGCUGUGCGCCGGGAAGGAGGCUCCUCUGGGCGGCAUGAGGCCGCUGGUGAAGCUGGUGGAGUUUACCGGACACGCAGCGCCGUGGCUCUCCAUCACUCUUUACCUUUUCAUCUGCAGUGAAACCGCGGAGGAGCAAGAAGUCAUGAUCAACCUGUUCCUGGCGUUAUUGUUAGACCACGCCCUGGUUAGAAUAGUGAAGCGUGCUGUGAAUUAUCAUCACUCGGAGUGGUUUGCCACUUUGCUUCCUCAUCCUCACUCCUUCCCAUCAGGCCACACGACGCGGGUUGCCAUGUGCGCCCGUUUCCUGCAAUCUCGCCUGCUGUCGGACUGCCCCAUGCGGUUUGUGGUGCUGUCCUGGACGGUUCUGCUGGCUCUGACGCAGGUUCUGCUCGGUCAGCACAACGUGAGUGGUGUUGUCCUCGCUCUGGCCGUGGGCUCCUGUCACUACAGCGUGGUGGAGACGUGCUGGCUGUCUGUGGAGAGACUGCAGGACGUCCUGAUCACUGCACUGGGGAAACAUGUCACUCAGAGAGGCUGAGAAACACAUGAGCGUUUUCAUACACCACUGGUUCAACUUUUAACUACACACACACACACAGACACAAAGCAUGGCUUCAAAUGACAUUAUUAAUAAGCUGAAUAAUAAACUUUGUACGUGGACUUUAUAUGGACAAACAUAUACUCAAGCCCAGGCCUGGAAUAAAUCAUUUAAGAAGGCUUCUCAGAGAAACACAUAUACAUAUAGCUAGUCAUUUUUCUUCUUUUAGUUAGUUUGUUUUUCUUUUGUUGGCCAUUUGACAUAUACGACAUCCUGGCAAACUUGCACAAAUGAAACUAAUCGCCAGUCUAGUUUCAAUAAUGCUGAUUUCCUUCAUAGUCUUGUGUGUGUAUAUUGAUAAAUACCAAUCAGUCAUAAAUUUCCAAGCACAUUCCCAGUACAGGUGAUUUACCCUGAUCCACACCCACACAACACCAUAAAAAGCAAAGCUUACAAACAGCAGAAAAUGUCAAAAAGACAACUAAAUGGUGAAAGAACGCUAAAUCUUCCAGUAAUGCAGCUCAGCCACUGCAGCGCAUCAGCUACCACUGACACGCAUCAAGGCCCGGUUUUACACAGUGCAAUUACAUCAGACUUUUAAGAUUAUUCCUUGUCACACUGUAUGAGAUCCCAAUAAAACCUUGUCUGAAUUCUAUAACAGACUGUGUGAUAGUGUGUUGUCCAUGUCAGAUUAUACGAUGCAAAUCCUCUAGCGAUAGAGAGACCUGCGAUUUAAGAAAAUGACUAUGUUCUGCUUACGUCAUCGAUCAGCGUGAUCCUGAAAUCCAGCUUGUGAUGAAAACUGACUCGCAUAAACACAACCGUUCUUCAAAGUGAGCUUGAGGUAAGAAGGAUAAGUUUUCUGUCUAUGAGGAUGUUUUUUUUUUUACA